CACUAUAGCGCACGUUAACCAAAGUUAACCCUCGAUGGCGCACCUCAAACAACAUAAUUCAUGGACCCAAAGAGGCGAUAUUCCUACUCCAAUCUCUUCAAUCUUGAGUCUUUGAUUAACUUCCAGCUGCCCCAACUGGAUGAUGAUUUUGAUCAUCAUGGGAAUAGUAGUCAGGAUGAGAGCAGAGGUAGCCCAGGUGGAGCACACGGGAACCGGAGUAAUGGUACAAUGUCUGGUAGGGAGUUGAAGAAAAAGAGGCGGACUUCAUAUAGUAGUGACGAAGACGGGGAUGGGGACAGAGGUUAUAGUACCCAUAUUUCAGAGGAAAGGUAUAGAGCAAUGCUGGGAGAACACAUUCAAAAGUAUAAGAGGAGGCUUGGUAAUUCCUCAGCAAGCCCUGCAGCUACUCGUAAUGGGAUGCCUGCGAUGAGAAGUGGUGGAGGAUCAAGAGACCAGAAAUCAACAAAUGAUCAUAGAGGAGGAGCACACAGACUUGACUCUGCAUCAGAUUGUUUUAACAAUAGCACUCAGAAGUUAGGGAACCAUAUUCAGUCUGAUUUUCCAGGACCAUAUGCUGGUGAUAGAUCUAUUUAUGAACCUGCUUUCUUGGAUCUCGGGGAGGACAUCACAUACAGGAUCCCUCCACCCUAUGAAAAGCUGGCAACAUUAUUGAAUUUGCCAACCAUGUCAGAUAUUCAAGUUAAUGAAAUUUACCUCAAGGGUACACUUGAUUUGGAGACUUUGGCUGCAAUGAUGGCUUCUGAUAAGAGACUUGGGCCCAAACGUCAAGCAGGAAUGAGUGAUCCCAAGCCCCAAUUUGAAUCUCUUCAGGCACGACUGCGAGCCCAGCCUGCUAAUAGUGCCGGUCAGAAAUUCAGUCUGCAAGUCAGCGAAGCUGCAUUAGAGGCAUCUUCUAUCCCUGAGGGGGCUGCAGGAGGUAUACGGCGUUCUAUAUUGUCAGAGGGUGGUAUCUUACAGGUUUAUUAUGUGAAAGUGUUAGAGAAAGGAGACACCUAUGAGAUUAUUGAACGUAGUCUACCCAAAAAGCCAAAACUGAAGAAAGAUCCUUCUGUGAUUGAGAAGGAAGAGAUGGAUAAGAUUGGAAAAUAUUGGAUAAACCUUGUCAGAAAAGAAAUCCCAAAACAUCAUAAGACAUUCAUCAAUUUCCACAGGAAGCAAUUGACUGAUGCCAAGAGGUUUUCAGAAACUUGUCAGAGAGAGGUAAAAAUGAAAGUUAGCAGAUCACUUAAGGUGAUGAGAGGUGCUGUAAUUCGUACAAGGAAACUUGCUAGGGACAUGCUCGUGUUUUGGAAGAGAGUUGAUAAGGAGAUGGCAGAAGUAAGGAAAAGGGAGGAAAAAGAAGCUGCAGAAGCUUUGAAGCGCGAACAGGAGCUUCGUGAAGCAAAGAGACAACAACAGAGGCUCAACUUUCUGCUAUCUCAAACUGAACUUUACAGCCAUUUCAUGCAAAAUAAAUCAACUUUAUCCUCUGAGGCUGUGACUUUAGGUGAUGAAAUGACAAAUGACCAAGAAAUGUUGUUAAGUUCCGGUGAAGCUAGACCUGGAGAGGAAGAGGAUCCUGAAGAGGCUGAGCUGAGAAAAGAGGCUUUGAAAGCUGCACAGGAUGCAGUUUCAAAGCAGAAAAUGAUGACAAGUGCAUUUGAUAGUGAAUGUCUGAAGCUGCGGCAAGCUGCUGAAAUUGAACCCUCCCAGCAAGAUGCCGCAGCCGCUAACAUAGACUUAUUGCAUCCGUCAACCAUGCCUGUGGCAUCAACAGUACAGACGCCAGAAAUAUUCAAGGGUACUCUUAAAGAGUAUCAGUUGAAAGGCCUCCAGUGGCUUGUAAAUUGUUACGAGCAGGGUUUAAAUGGUAUUCUUGCUGAUGAGAUGGGUCUUGGCAAAACAAUCCAGGCCAUGGCCUUCUUGGCUCAUUUGGCAGAAGACAAGAAUAUAUGGGGUCCCUUUUUAGUUGUUGCUCCGGCAUCAGUCUUGAACAACUGGGCUGAUGAAAUUGGUCGUUUCUGCCCUGAUCUGAAAACUCUUCCAUAUUGGGGAGGGUUACAAGAGCGAAUGGUACUUCGGAAGAAUAUUAACCCAAAACGUCUAUAUCGGCGGGAUGCUGGAUUCCAUAUUCUCAUUACCAGUUAUCAACUGCUAGUCUCUGAUGAGAAAUACUUCAGACGCGUCAAAUGGCAAUACAUGGUACUGGAUGAAGCUCAGGCAAUCAAAAGCGCAAACAGUAUAAGAUGGAAGACAUUGUUGAGUUUCAAUUGUCGAAACCGUUUGCUUCUGACUGGUACUCCAGUUCAAAAUAACAUGGCUGAGCUCUGGGCGCUCCUCCACUUUAUUAUGCCUACUUUAUUUGAUAGCCACGAACAAUUCAACGAAUGGUUUUCAAAAGGAAUUGAGAACCACGCAGAGCAUGGUGGGACGUUGAACGAGCACCAGCUCAGCCGACUGCAUGCCAUUUUAAAACCCUUCAUGCUCCGACGGGUUAAAAAGGAUGUGGUUUCUGAGUUGACUGGGAAAACUGAAAUCACAGUGCACUGUAAGUUGAGUUCUCGUCAGCAGGCAUUUUAUCGAGCAAUAAGAGACAAGAUAUCCCUUGCUGAGUUGUUUGAUAGCAGCCGUGGGCAUCUCAAUGAGAAGAAAAUUCUAAACCUGAUGAAUAUUGUUAUCCAGCUAAGGAAGGUGUGCAACCAUCCAGAGCUGUUUGAGAGAAAUGAAGGAACUUCUUACUUCUAUUUUGGAGAGGUUCCAAACUCACUUCUACCUCCUCCCUUCGGGGAACUGGAGGAUGUAUUCUAUUCUGGCGGUCGAAGUGCUGUUACAUACCAGAUUCCAAAGUUGGUAUACCGGGAAGCUCUCAGAUCGAGCAUGCUUCACUCAACUCUGGCCCAAGGUGUAAGAAAAGAAUUAUUUGAUAAGUACUUUAACAUAUAUUCUCCGGAGAAUAUUCACCGCUCGAUCCUGCAAGAAGUACACAAGUCAGAUGUUGGCUAUAUACGGAGCGGAACAUUUGGUUUUACUCGGUUGAUUGAUAUGUCACCUAUGGAGGUUUCAUUUUCGGCAACUGGUUCUUUUUUGGAAAAAUUGUUAUUCUCAAUUGUGAGAAGCAAGCGACAGUUUUCAGAUGAAAUUUUGGACUUGCUGAUGGAGUCUAAGGAUGAUGAUCUCUAUUUUAGGCACCUUGGGCGGGACAAAGUAAGAGCGGUGACGCGAAUGUUAUUGCUUCCAUCUAAGACAGGAACAGAUUUAUUAAGAACAAGACUUGCCACAGGUCCUGGUGAUGCACCAUUUGAAGCUUUGGUCAUGGAACAUCAGGAUAGGCUUUUAUCUAAUGUUAAUCUCUUACAUUCCAUAUACUCCUUCAUUCCUAGAACAAGAGCACCCCCUAUAAAUGCUCAUUGCUCGGAUAGAAAUUUUGCUUACAAAAUGCUCGAGGAACUACACCAUCCAUGGAUUAAGAGGUUGUUGGUUGGGUUUGCACGCACAUCGGAAUAUAAUGGUCCUAGGAAGCCAGGUGUCACACACCAUUUAAUACAAGAGAUAGACUCUGAAUUACCUGUCUCACAACCUGCUCUUCAGCUUACAUACAAAAUAUUUGGAUCAUGUCCACCCGUGCAACCAUUUGACCCUGCAAAGAUGCUAACAGACUCAGGGAAGCUUCAAACACUUGACAUAUUAUUAAAGCGCUUGCGGGCAGGGAAUCACCGUGUUCUUCUCUUUGCACAAAUGACAAAAAUGUUGGAUAUUAUAGAGGACUACAUGCACUACAGGAAAUAUAAGUACUUGAGGCUUGAUGGAUCU